AUGGCGGAGGUAGAUUUUGGUGACAGUGAGCUCUUUGAACAAUUGGGAGAGAAUAUUCCUGCUGCUACUCACGUUCGGUUCACGGAGGAAGAGGAGGAUGGAGAAGAAUGCUCUGAGCUCAAGGGAAGAUUGGGGGAGUGUGAGGAGACAGUACGGAGUUUGAUAGAAGAGAAUAUCCUUGUGUGUGUGUGUGAGAAGCUAGCACUAGCAGGUGCUCGCUAGCUAGGCACCGUCAUGGGUUGUGAUUAGAACAGCUACGACCAGAAGUGACUUCGACGCAGGUUAGCUAGAUUGUACGCAACAGGUUAGGAGAAUUAGGUUAAGAAAAAGGUAAUGCCUCGUUAAAGACAACUGGGAACUCGAUAGAAAAAAAAAACGAGCGCCAACUGAAAUCGUUUUGAACGGUCAUCCAACUCAGAAUUUCAAGUCGGGAACUUGGGCGUCUUUCUAGAGCAGCGUUUCCCAAACUCUGUCUUGGGGCCCCCCGAGUGCACAUUUUAGUUUUUGCACUAGUACUACACAGCUGAUUCAGAUAACCAACUAAUCAUCAAGCAUUGAUUUUAAAGAUGCACUAUGCAGAAAUGGCUCCACCAUUUCCUGGUAGCAGAAAUUCUAAUAGUUGUAAUUUGAGUUUAACAAAACAAGCAAGUACAGUAUAGAGAAUCAUUGUACCAUCUAAAUCGCUAUGAAAUAUAUUUCCCAUAACCCAAAAUAUUGUAUUUUCAGCUGUUUGAAGCUGGUGUACAAAACCAAAAGUGAGACGCAAAAAUGAAACUUAAGACCGGGAAGCAUAGUAGUUCAUAGAACCGAUCUACCGCUUAGACUUGCGUUCAAUAUGAAUGACAGAUCUGUAACACAUUUCUAUGUGAAUUUGGUGGGGUUGCCCAAAAAGUUACAUUUUGCAUCUUGAAAGCUAUGUAGUGUUAGGGCAAAAAACAAAACCUGUUCUACAGCUUCAACCUGAAGUUAGCUGAUGUCAUGAUUUGACUGCGUUUUUGCAGAGUUCCUAUUUGUCUUUAAAGCACCAUUAGGAGGAUAGGCUAAAAUGCUCUCUUAAAUAGAGCCCCACGGUGGAGGUGUCAAAUAGCCUCGUUAUGUAAUUUUGUUACUUUUUAUUUUAUUUUUUACUUAAGUUUAUUUAGUCAAUAUUUUCUUGAACUGCAUUGUUGGUUAAGGGCUUGUAAGUAAGCAGUUCACGAUAAGGUUGUAUACACAUGUUGUAUUCUGCGCAUGUGACAUUUGAUAAUACCCAUAAAACCUAGCGGUCAAACAGGGAAAUGGUUCCAAUCGUUUUUCCACCAUUCAUUUUUCCCAUAGGGGAUUUAGAAACACUUAAAAUAAGGGCUGUGUUUCGUGUAGACUUACCCUGGCAUGACGUUUUGAUAAACAUGUAAAUAUGUCUUGACAAGGUGACUUAUCAAUAUAUUCGGCUCUAUUUACUCAGAUUCGAAAAUGCUAAUUAGCAUCAAAGUAGACAUUAUACAAGACUACAAAUCCCUGCAACUCCAGCACGUCAUCUCUAGCUGACACCUUUGCUAACAGGUAUUGUGUCAAUUUAAAGCUUGCACAAGACGGUUCACAGAAUUGUCAAUUUAAAGACAUUUAGCCAAUUUAUUCAUUCAAUUUAUUCAAAUUUAGCAAACAGUUAAUCCAGAGAUUCUUACCUUUGCCUUGAUUCGGCAGUCUCGUCCAAAUCAUGGCAUUUGUAGUUUUUCAUGAUAGCCACAUUAGCAGCUGAUAAGCAUUUCAUUUUUGGGGUGUAAAUACAGGUUAAUAUAUUGAUAAAUGUCCCCUUGUCCUAGAGAGAUUUACACAGUUAUCAAAACGUCACGCCAUGGUAAGCCUACACGAAACACAUUUUAUUUUAAGUUUUUCUAAUAUCCCAUAUGGGGGAAAAAUGAAUGGUAGAAAAACAAUUGGAACCAUUUCCUUGUUUGACCGCUAGGUUUUAUGGGUAUUAUGACUCAUACUGUGGUACUCUAUUGGUCUGUGGCCUAACGUUAGCUAGUGAUCUAGCUAGAAAUCAAGAAAAUUGAUUGGAUGUCAUUGAUUGGACGUGCCCCUUGACAGCAUUUCAGCUCACUACCUUGCAAACCUUUGGUCAUUGCAGCUAAAUACCAUACUAGCUAGAACCCAUGCAAAAAGUAAUGUUUUUGUCCUGCUAUCUGUCAAGCCAUAGUAACUCCCAAGUCUGGUGGAGUGAAUGGUAGCCAAAAACUGUUACAUUUGGUCACACUCUUCAAUGAAGCACUGCAGAUUUUAUGUACAUAGCUAGAAGUAAUCACUUUCCAUUCAUCCAAUUAUAAAUAUCUUGGGGUUAGGACUGAAUAACCUUUUCCAAACUAACAUUAGCAGACUGACUUAACUUGCUUGAUGUCUAGCUAUGUUGUUUUUAUAAGUACCUCUUUCUUUAACCUAUUGUCCACACCAAGAGUUGAAGAGAAAAUUGAAAGUGUUGACAAGGCCAAGGUAAGUUAUUGAUACGCUACUCACUAGACUAGAGGCAUUUCUACAGUAAUGUCCUCAUUCAUAUGUUUUUCUUCCAGUGGCAUUAAUGUUGAAAACAUCAAGAUUGAUGGUCCUCUUCUACAGAUCCUUUUCGCAAACAAUAACAUCUCAAAGUAGGUAUUUUUUUUUGGUUUCUUAGAAUCAUAAUUGGAUAAAUUUACUAACUUGAUUAUAUGAAAAUUUGGGUAUUAACAUUUGAACUGUUAAUCUUAUUUUCCCAGGCAAUGCCGUCAAGAAAUCGAAGACUCCAUCUGUAGUAUUGUUCAGAAACAUCAGCAGCAGGGAGAAGUUGAAAAUGGAAAUCCCUCCAGCAAUGUCAACCCUCAGGUACAUUUCCGGAUUUGGUGAAGGUCCUCAAGCUUCAAAGAAGGAACAAUUGAUUACAGUUAAAAUAUUUUACAUCUCUGUUUUCUUCCCCAUGCAGUCUUCAAGUUUCAUUAUGGAAGAAGAUCAGAAGACCAAGACCUCCUGUGGAAUCAGAAAGAUUAAGGAGGCCUUCAGUGUGAGUUCUUUUUGGGAAUGGGGACAAUCUAGGUGUCCAGACCAUGCUUUGUGAAAUGCACCAUUUGCAUUUGUUUGUCUGGAUAUAAUAUUUUUCUCUCUCUUUUCACAGAUGGUGGGAAGUGUCCUGUAUUUCACCAGUUUCUGUCUGGACAAACUUGGACAGCCCCUGCUAAAUGAUAACCCCCAGCAGACAGAAGGAUGGGAGGUUCCAAAGUAUCCUCAACACUGCUUUCUCUGCCCUCUGUGGACAGCCCUCUGUCCUUCACUCCCGUCUUCAACCCUUUUCAACAAUGACACAUUUCAUUGUAGAGUCCAGCUUUGAUUGUUGGAGAACAUCAACUGGAGAGGAAUCUCACAGUUGCCACUCUUUGAACCUUGAACCAUUAUCUUCCUUGUCGUUCAUUGUGUGUGUAUGAAUGUAUGUGGGAGUCGGUUUUGUUACCCAAUUUGAAACUACAGUUGUCAUUCAUUGAGUUUCUGAAUUGUUGCAAAGAUAUAAGCAGGUCUUCAGCCAGGUCAUCGCCUUAGAUGGACAAGAAGUACAGAUGAAAGAGAAAAGGUAUAGCAGACAUUCAUAUGAUUUUUCUUUUUAUGCAAGAAAUAUCUGUAAAUCAUCAUGACAAUAUCUUAUUGUGCCAUUUGUGCCCACACUACAGAGCUAAGCCUUGUUGUUUCAACUGUGGGUUGGAUGGUCAUCAACUUCGAGACUGUCCUCAGGUAAGCCUUGAAAAACGUUUGACUUUAAUGUGCAUCAUGUAACAGGAAGGUUGCUCACUUACUAUGGUCAGACAGAAGAGCUUAAACCCAGGUUUGACAUGUGAUCAACAGCUCUGUUCAUGUUUUCUCCUUUAGCCAAAGGACAUGGCCAGAAUCAAUGAGAAACGGAAGGAGUUUUCUCAGGGUAACCAGGGCAACCUGAGCAAUCAGCGUUACCAUGCUGAGGAAGUGGAGGAGCGAUUUGCCAAAUACAAACCUGGAAUCAUAAGGCAAGGCACAUUGAAAAUGUCUGAUGGCCUUGACACAAUAAGAUAACAAUUUGUUUUUAGUUGUUAUUGCAUGGCCAAAGUGAAAUUGUUGUAGAGCUGAGGUUUUUGAUAUCCCAAAUAUCUUACCCAUUGUGGUUUGUGUUUUCUCUCAUUGAGCAGUGAGGAGCUGCUGUCUGCGCUGGGAGUUGAUAUGAACACCCUACCCCCUCACAUCUACCGGAUGAGGCAGCUAGGCUACCCACCUGGCUGGCUUAAGGAGGCAGAGAUGGAGAACUCCGGUCUCACGCUAUACGAUGGGAAGGGUAAGAUUAAUCACUUUAGCAAAUAUUGGCCUUUCAGUUUUGGUUGAAGCACGGCUCUUUCAUGAUUCUCAUUAAUAUUGCGCUGCUGUGUUCACUAUAUAUAGUGUCAAGUGAUGAAGAACCAACAGAGGACAAUGGACAAAAAAUCUCCUAUGAUGUUUCCAAGCUUGUAGAUUUCCCAGGCUUCAAUAUAUCUUCACCUCCUAGUGUGAAGGAUGUAAGUCUCCUUGAAAGCAGUUUGAUAUCUUGCCAUCAUUAGGGUGAAAGCACACAGAUCUUUGCACCACUUGUAAACCUUUUCACCCAACAUUAUUUUUUCCAUUACUUUUAGGACUACAGGCUAAACCGCUCCAUUCCAAUGCAGCAUAACCACAUGAAGCAGAAUUUUGCUGCCUAUCUGUCCAACAAUUUUCCAAUGGUAAGUUUAAUAUUCUACUUUUUAAUCAAUUGUUUGCCACUAUGUUUGCACACUAUAAACUAAUAUAUUUUGCCAAUAGCCUGGUGCCAACUGCAAUAAGAGACAACAUGAAUCCAACUCAACUCCCCGGCAGUCGAAGAAAAGGAGAUCUGAUGCCAGGAGUUCAGAUAUGGACGUUGAUUCAGGUAGAGGUGUUAUAAUUCCAGGUGUCUGAACACAAAGUGAAAACGAUGACCAGCAGAUUAAUACAUUCUGCUUUACAUAACUUUUCACUGUCAUUAUGACUGGUUGUCCUGUCUGCAGAAAACAACAGGAAAAUACUUUUGAGUCACUUAUGUUGUAUGUGUGCAAUGGCCUUGCUCUGGCAGUGCAUAACACUUGUCAGUGUCUGUUUCCAGACCAGGAUACUACACCCCACCGCCACCGGAGCUCAGACAGCUUCCAGUUCCAGCCCCCGCUGCCCCCUGGCUCACCAUCCUUUGGUUCACCCCCUCCCUUACCUCAUGGUACUCCGCCAGCCACUCCCACUCCCCCCCCUCUUCCUAAGGGAACACCUCCACCCACGCCCACUAAUGGCUCACGGGCCCUGCAGGGACGCACUGUGGGAGGGGGUGAGGAGUCUGUAGGUGGGGAGGAGGAAGAGCUGACACUGGAAGAGCUGGAGGAGCAGCAGAGGCUGAUCUGGGCAGCAUUGGAAAAUGCUGACACCGCCACCAACAGUGACUCUGAGACACCAGCUGUUGGAACACCCCUCCCCAGCUCGCCCAGCAUCUCCACACCCGCCCACAUCGACACUGAAACUGAAAUGGAGGAAGGUGAGGCUGAAGAUUAUGAGGAAAAGGAGGGAUCUGUGGAGGCUGCCAGCCACAACAGUGAUGAGCAGAUCAGUGUUGAGCCAUCUUCUAGUAAAUGUCAGGAUGGGAAGGAAGAUGCUGAAGAUAAAGGCAAGGUGGUCGAAGACAAGAGAAGCUUACUGCAAUCACCAGACGAAGAAGAGAGCCCUCCGAGCCCUGAAGCUGCUACAGAUAGAGGCAAUGUGCUUGCACAGAAGCCCAGCUUGCUGCAAAUACCAGCCCAACAAGAGAGCUGUCAGUCGGAUCCCUCAGAUCAGGAUGCUAUGGAGGGAGAUCUGUCUGACUCUGUGGGGAAGGUAACGGCCGUGCCUCACCGGAGUAGGUUUUCACAGGGCAUUAUUCCCUUUGAGGACACGCCAGAAUUCACAGAGGUUGCUGAGGCCACCGGGACAUACCUACGAAUCCGAGACUUGCUGAAAGGUUCCCCCCGAAAUAUGGCGAAAAACAAAAAGUGAGAAAAGACUAGCUUGAAUUAAAAUCCAGGGAUUCUUUUGCAUAAACACUUCUUUUUUUUUAACAAGUCUGUGGAUUUCAUACACUUUACUUUCUAUAAGUGUGCCACAGAUUGGAGCGGAACAGUUUGGUGACCUCUCAUUCAAACUUAUUUUUAAUGGUUUAUUUUUUGUACUAAACUGAAUGUAUUUUCUGUGUAUGAGUUAGCUGGGGUCUAAAGACGCAAGGUUUUUCUUUCAGGAAACCCCAUUGCUAGUUUCGGCAGUGUCUGUUUUGACAUUCUGAGAAUCAUUUUUGUAACAAUGGCAACAUCCAUAUUGCUCUUUUAGGUGUAAAGAUUUUAUAAAAUGUUUUUCCUCUUUCUGUUUUUACCAUCAAUUGAUAAUUUUUCUAUGACAUUUUCUCAUUGCAGUCUAGGCGCCUCUUCUCAUGGUUCAAGUAGCCUCCCAUUGGCUACUCUUAUCAAAUAGGGACAUUAAUUGUGAUGUUAAUUUGAAACUCAUUGAUUUGAAUUGUUGAGGUGAUUAACUGGAUUUUUCCAAUUCUAUAUUGACACAGGAAAUGGGUCUCUGCAUUCAGAAUCUCACUACAGCAAUAUGGCUAUGCAUAAUAUCUCAUGUUAAUUUUUUUAAGUAACAACCAUUGUUGUCAGCAUCAUAGACAUCUCUGCUCUAAUUGCUACUACAGAAUGGCACUAGAGGGCAGCAACACUUCAUUUAACCACCACAUUACAUUUGACUA